AUGCAUGUCACCAGUAUCCAUGAACUGGAAGAGAUGACGGGUCGUUUUACUGUUGUGGCUUUCCUUUACAUUUAUUGGAUCGACGAACGACUAUCGUGGACGUCUAGUUCAUACGGGGAUAUAAGCGAAAUGGAAUUCCCUCAAAGUGACGUUUGGAAACCGGCUCUGACCCUGUCAAACCCGUUCUCACGCCUGAAGCCUCUCGGAUCAAACGACAAUCUCAUACGGUACAAACAUAACGGUGAUGCAACCUGGAACGUUGGUGACGUCAUGCAAGCAAUAUGUGACGUAGAUGUGACGUAUUACCCUUUUGAUAAACAAGUAUGUCCGUUAUAUUUCCGUAUAUGGGGCUACGAACAAAGCGACAUCGUUCUAACACCAUCAGCUAACGAGGUUGGCUUUAGAUAUUACGUAGAAAAUACUGAAUGGGAUGUUAUUAAAACUGAGAACGAAGUUGUAGUCAGUGGUAGCCCUUACAUCGUCUAUAAAUUUCAUCUUCAGAGAAAAUCGACAUUUUUCAUCAUCAGUAUUUAUAUUCCGGUAGUACUCUUAACGGGUCUUUGUCCGCUGGUGUUUCUACUUCCUGCAGAGAGCGAGGAACGCAUCAGCUUCAGUAUAACAUGUCUUUUGGCAAUUGCGGUGUUCCUUACAAUAGUUUCUGAAAGUCUUCCACGGUCCUCCAGUCCGAUUUCAGUCUUAAGCUUUUUCCUGAUGUGUGACUUAGUUCUUGCAACAUGCCUCUGUGUUUUAACUGUACUCGGGCUCCAAAUCUACCACAGGAAGGAUGAAGAACACGAAAUACCUGCCUUGCUAAAGAAAAUAGCAUCCUUCAAAUGUGUUCGUCGUAAAGGUUCUACACAGAGAAACACAGCAUCAGCUAUUGAGGAGAGGAGGGUCGAGGAAGAGGAAGUUACAUGGAAAAGUGUUGCCCGGAUUUUUGACCUUGUGUGCUUUAUUCUAAGUAUCGGAGCAUGUGUUGUACUUUUGGUUAUUUACUUAAUGUACACGAAUAUCGUUUAA